UCCAUUGUAAGAGGUAUUGUUUUAUCCAUUGUUCUCAAUACAAUACCUCUUACAAUAGGAAUGGAGGAUUAUGAAAAAUAUAGACAUUUAGCUGGUGGAGAAGCUGAAAAAAGAGGUCAUUUUUUUCAGAUGGCCCAGCAGGCUUAUGCCUCUGGGCAGAAGGCAGAAGCUCACGAGCUAAGCCAAAAGGGGAAAGAAUGUGGACAGAAAAUGGAAGAAUAUAAUCGUAAAGCUGCCUACGCGAUCUAUUUAUACAAAAAUACUCAUUGUCAACCGGAUGAACUUGAUUUACAUGGUCUCUAUAUUGACGAAGCUGUGCAAGCUGUUCGACAGAGAAUUCAUAACUGUAUCCAGAGAGGAGAAGAUCAUUUACAUGUAAUCGUUGGCAAAGGCAAUCAUAGUGUCGGUCAUGUGGAAAAGCUUAAGCCUGCCGUUAUACAAAUGCUGGAGCAAAACAAUUUUCGUUAUUCCACCGAGGUGAAUGAGGGACGAAUUUAUGUUUCUUUUCCCCAUGGAGUUGUUCCACAUCCUCCUCAACCUGUACAUGCGUCUCCCUACCAGCAUCAUCAACAACAACAACCACAGCCACAGCAGCCUGUUGCAGCCCAAGGUGUGGACCCCGAGACCGAGAAAGUUAUUGAAGAAGUAGUUACCUGUUGUCUUCCUCGUCUGAAGACUUGCUGCGUGAUUAUGUAAACUACACGAAAUUAAAAACAAGUAUCUCGCAUGUUCGACGAUGGAUACUCGAUUUCAACCGACAACUGACUGUUCCUUGUUUCAUGUAAUAUAUGGGGUUUGAUCUUUGUUUUAUCUCUGGUAAAAUUUGAUUUAUCGAAAGGCAACCUCUAAAUACUUUUCAUACAUCCUGGUUAGAGAUGGGCAGAAAGAAUUUACCUUUAUACCCAUUCGUGCCCAUCCUUUCUUAUUUAGAGAAUUCAUAGAAGUUUUUUUUUUAUUGACUACAAUUGUUUUCUUGUCUAGAAUGUACAUUACUUAUCGUCGCAAUUGCAGUCUACCUAAUAGACGGAACCUGCAAGGUUAUUUUUUCCUUCUCUUAGCUUUUCUUAUUAUUUCCAAAGUUUUAUGGAGCUUGUACUAAGAUUGUUGAAGAUAAAACGGGACUUUUACAAUCACUUUGGUUGAAUACCAGUUUGGUAAAUAGAAUAGAGUAAAAUACGCUUAAUUAUUUUUUGGUUUCUAUUGUAUUUGGUUUUAUAAAUUAUAAUACUGGGAUUUUCCUGCUCGAAUAGGAUGCCUUUGCUUUUAUA